GCUGGCAGUGGGCGCCGUAGAGAGAUCUCUAUGGUGGGCGCUCCAUUAAAACCGUUGGCGCUCCUGACCUUGGCGUCGUGAAUGCGCAAAGCACACAGACUGUGCGAAGCAGGAGAUAAGAGUAGAGAUCUGUGUGCUUGAUACCGAAACCGGGGGGAAAAAUAUUCCACACACAACGCCGUUGUCUUGUAGCGUAAGUGACGGGCAUGGUAUGGAGGAUAUCUGGAGAUGAAGCGCGUUUCAGCCUCUGUAAAAGCAGAUUGGUACACACUGCAAUGAAAAGUGGAAGAGGGGGCAGUUCAUACCUGGCUCAAGUGUAUUUGGAUUUGAUAACUGUCGGAUCUAGCGGCGCAGUGAGUGAUGUCUGUUUGACACGGUCCUUGCAAAGGGGCUAAACAGACACUACAGUGUGCAUUUGUGUUGUGCAAAGGGCACUGUCUUGCCCAGACCAUGUGGCUGGCUACGUUUAGAGACCAUCUGUUGCCUGCACACCUGCUGCAUCAGCAAGAGACUGCAACCAUCACCCACUGUGCACUUCUUUGGUGGAUAUUAUGUUCCUGCUGGUCAUUGACCAAGUCUACAAGCCAGAAAUUCUACCCAACUGUGACCACUCAGUUUGGGAAACUGCGAGGGCUCCGGGUUCCCGUCCCCAGUGAGGUCCUCAGGCCCGUUGAUCAGUACCUCGGGGUCCCCUACGCUGCCCCCCCUGUGGGCGAGAAGCGAUUCAUGCCCCCUGAGCAGCCCUCCUCUUGGUCAGGUGUCAAAAAUGCUACCCACUUCAUGCCUGUGUGCCCUCAAAACAUCCACAACACCGUGCCAGAGAUCAUGAUGCCCAUAUGGUUCACCUAUAACCUGGAUACAGUAGCCACAUACAUUCAGGAUCAGAGCGAGGACUGUUUGUAUCUAAACAUCUACGCUCCGACAGAUGAUGGGAGCCAACACAGGAAAAAGGGGGCGGCUUUCUCACAUGCUGAGACUCAUAUAUCCGAAGAUAUAAGAGACUCUGAAGCGCGACCCGUGAUGGUCUACAUCCACGGAGGCUCCUACAUGGAGGGCACUGGGAACAUGAUGGACGGCAGCGUUUUGGCCAGUUACGGAAAUGUUGUUGUCGUUACACUCAACUACAGAAUUGGCAUACUAGGCUUUCUCAGUACUGGGGACCAGGCAGCAAAAGGAAACUAUGGGCUCCUGGACCAGAUUCAAGCUCUCCGCUGGAUAAGUAAAAACAUUGGUUACUUUGGAGGAGAUCCGGGCCGAAUCACAGUUUUUGGAUCUGGAAUCGGUGCUUCCUGUGUCAGCCUGCUAACUCUGUCCCAUCACUCUGAGGGUCUGUUCCACAGAGCCAUCAUCCAAAGUGGCUCAGCGCUAUCCAGCUGGGCUGUCAACUACCAACCAGUCAAGUACACUCGCAUGCUUGCUGAGAGGGUCGGCUGUAACGUGCUGGACACGGUGGACAUGGUUUCCUGCCUGCAGAAGAAGAGCGCUAAAGAGCUGGUCGAGCAAGACAUCCAGGCAGCUCGAUACCGCGUGGCUUUUGGCCCCGUCAUCGACGGAGACGUCAUCCCGGACGACCCUGAGAUAUUGAUGGAGCAGGGCGAGUUUCUUAACUACGAUAUAAUGCUCGGCGUUAACCAGGGGGAGGGGCUGCGCUUCGUGGAGAACGUCAUGGACCUGGAGGACGGCGUGUCCGGCAGCGAUUUUGACUUUGCUGUGUCAGACUUUGUGGACAGUUUGUAUGGCUACCCAGAAGGGAAGGACACGUUGAGGGAGACGAUUAAAUUCAUGUACACGGACUGGGCCGACAAGGACAACCCGGAGACCAGGAGGAAGACCUUGGUGGCCCUCUUCACCGACCACCAAUGGGUGGAGCCCUCGGUGGUGACGGCUGACCUGCACGCCCGCUACGGCUCGCCAACCUACUUCUACGCCUUCUACCACCACUGCCAGAGCCUGAUGAAGCCGGUGUGGUCGGACUCGGCGCACGGAGACGAGGUGCCUUACGUGUUUGGCAUCCCCAUGGUGGGCCCCACAGAUCUGUUCCCCUGCAACUUCUCCAGGAACGACAUCAUGCUCAGCGCGGUGGUCAUGACCUACUGGACCAACUUUGCAAAAAGCGGGGAUCCUAACAAACCGGUGCCACAGGACACCAAGUUCAUCCACACCAAGGCCAACCGCUUCGAGGAGGUCGCCUGGUCCAAGUACGACCCUUACGACCAGCUGUACCUGCACAUCGGCCUGAAGCCUCGCAUCCGUGACCACUACCGCGCCACCAAGGUGGCUUUCUGGAAACACCUGGUGCCCCACCUCUAUAACCUCAACGACAUGUUCCACUAUUCCUCCACCACCACCAAGGUCACGCCACUGGACCCCACCCAGUCCAACGGCAAGCGAUCCGGCAGCACCGGCCGUCCUCCCAUAUCCACCGCCCACAUUGACGGGGAGGGAGGCAGAGAGAUGGGCCCUCUGAUCAUGCCUAAUCCCAGAGAUUACUCCACAGAGCUCAGCGUCACCAUCGCCGUCGGGGCGUCGCUGCUCUUCCUCAACGUCCUGGCCUUCGCCGCUUUGUACUACCGCAAGGAUAAGCGCAGUCGCCAGGACACGUCGCAGCAGCCCAGCCCCCAGCGCGAGAGCAAAGGCAACAACGCCAGCCACGCCACCACAGUGGACGAGACCCUGUCGUCCCAGCAAAGGAACCCGUGCGAGGCCCUCCACAAUCCCCUUCACGUCUCACCGAGCCUGGACUACACGCUCAGCCAGCGCCGCUCCCCGGACGACAUCCCUCUGAUGACCCCCAAUAACAUCACUAUGAUCCCCAACUCGCUCAUGGGCCUCUCCAACAUGAGCCCAUACAGCACCUUUCCUGCCGGCUACAGCUCUGCGGGCCUGCCCAGCACCCACUCCACCACGCGGGUAUAGUCCGCCAAGUGACGCAGCUCAGAAGUGUGACGUGCUUAAAACAUGGAAAUGUAAAGCUGUAUUUAGGAUGUGUAGGUAAAAUAGGAUUGAAUAUGUUCGUUCUGUCGUUUCCAAAGGUGUACAACCACCAACAUCCUGCCUUUGCUCUCUCAUAAUAGAAAGUCUAACUGCAGAGUCAUUUUAUAAUAAUCAUUUUCAAAGGCAGAC